UGAAAAUGGCAGCCUCCGUGAAAAAGAGACCGACCUCGAAGCCCAAGAAAGAUGAGGUGUCGAAACAAUCUAGGGCACCAACUCAGGAUGGGAACCAACCAUGGACACCAGCAGGUUACACAGCGUUCAAAAUUCUCAUGUCUGCUCGAUUGUGUGCUGCAUGGGGGAGCAUCAUUACAGACUGUGACGAGACAUUCAACUACUGGGAGCCGACUCAUUUCCUGCUGUUUAACAAGGGCUUCCAGACAUGGGAGUAUUCUCCGACCUAUGCCAUCCGCUCCUAUGGCUAUGUCUGGCUACAUGCUCUACCAAUCAAGUUAUACAUGAAGUUUUUGGAUACAAAUAAGAUUGUGCUGUUCUAUCUCCUGCGCUGUAUCCUGGGAUUCAUCUGUGCCCUGUGUGAAACCUACUUCUACAAGGGAGUAUGCAAGCACUACGGGGCAAACACUGGCCGACUGACAUUGUGGUUCCUGCUGUUCAGUGCUGGAAUGUUCAUCUCUUGCUCCAGUUACUUGCCAAGUAGUUUCUCCAUGUAUCUCACCAUGCUGGCCAUGGGGGCGUGGUUCCUCAGACAGUAUCAUUUGUCCAUCCUUGCAAUAGCAGCCAGCGCCAUCAUCGGCUGGCCAUUCGCUGCAGCAUUAGGGAUACCUAUAGCCUGGGAUAUUCUGCUCCGUCACAAGAACGUCAGGACAUUUGUGGUUUGGAGCUUCAUAUCCCUAGUCCUCUUCCUGCUGCCUCUCGUUCAGCUCGACUCCUUCCACUAUGACAAGCUGGUGGUUGCUCCCCUCAACAUACUGCUCUACAAUGUCUUCAGUGAACAUGGGCCAGAUUUGUAUGGAGUGGAGCCUUUCUCUUUCUACUUUCUCAAUGGAUUCCUCAACUUCAAUGUGAUGUUCAUGGCUGCCCUGGUCUGUUUACCUGUAGCAAUAAUUGUUCGCUGGGUGGUGCAGUCAUCAGACACUUAUAUUCCCAUGUGGCUGUCCUUGGCUCCAAUGUACGUCUGGAUAGCCAUUUUCUUCACCAGGCCUCACAAGGAGGAACGAUUCCUGUUCCCAAUCUACCCCUUCUUUGCCCUGGGAGGUGCAAUAUGUCUUGAUAAUAUACAGAAACUGAUGAGCUAUUUGUUCCCCAAGAGGUCUGCCUACCACUACACGGAUCACACCAACUGGGUAUCCGUGUUUAGUGGGGCCCUCUUCACACUGCUGUCGGUGUCCAGGAUCAUUGCUGUUUAUCAAGGUUACCAUGCUUCCAUGGAUAUCUAUGUGGAGUUGAACAAAAUGGCAAAUGACCCAAAGAUUCACACUCUGCCAUCCGACCGGCCAGUGAACAUCUGUGUGGGCAAGGAGUGGUACAGGUUCCCCAGCAGCUUCUUCCUGCCUGAUGACAACUGGCAUCUCCAGUUUAUCAAGUCAGAGUUCAGAGGUCAACUACCAAAACCCUAUGAAUCUGGGCCUGAUGCGACAAGAAUUAUUCCGACUCACAUGAACGACCUCAACCUGGAGGAACCUACUAGAUAUAUAAACGUGAGCAGAUGUCACUAUCUGAUUGAUCUAGAUUUAGAUCAGGAGUCACCACAUGAACCCCGUUAUUCACAAAUGGAGGACUGGAAAGUUUUAUCUUCUGUAAAAUUCUUGGAUCCAACAAGGUCUCAUCGGCUGUUGCGUGCAUUCUACAUUCCAUUUGUAUCAGCUAAAUAUUGCACUUAUGUGGACUACAACCUUCUUAAAACAGCCAGGACUAAAAAAUCUAGAGGGAAAUCUAGCUGACUUUGAUAUGAUUUUAUAAGAAGUCAGUGACAUCUGUUUCAUAAGACUUCUUGUUUUCACAAAUAUAAAAUGAUAUAUUUGUAUAUAUGGAAAAAUAUUACAUCGUUCAUUGGUUAAGAAUGAAACAUGUUUCAUGGUUUACGUCCUCAACAAUCAUGAAGAUUAGCAUGAUCAGAUCAGACAAAUUUGAUUUGUUUGCAGAUUUUUUUAGGCGAAACUGUCAAACUGCAGGAGUCAAAAUAGAAAAUUCACAAAACAUUCUUGAUUGAGAGCUUAAUUAUGAUUAUAAAAAUUAAAAACUUAAAAAAUAACGCUUUUACAAACGCGGAUUCAUAUUAAAUAAGGGUUUUCCUCAAAGAGCAUUUGUAAGUCAAGUACCAAAAGCAAAAUCCAAACUACUGCCAUUGACUCAAAACAUGCAACUCAACUUUUGUUGGGGAUAUUUCAAAUUAUUACACACAGAACUGAUUCCGUAUUAUGUGUCAAUGGGUGAGGAUUCCUAUCAAAAAGUGACUAGCAUAAAAGCAUUUUUUCAACCAGGAACUGACUGGCCAUAAUGUGUUCAUUUUGACACAUUUGUUAGAUCAUAAAGAGUACUCUUAAAGGUGAAUGAGUAUGGUUUUACGCCGCUUUUAGCAAUAUUCCGGCAUUAUCAUGGCGGAGGACACCGGAAAUGGGCUUCACACAUUGUACCCAUAUCAGGAAUUGAACCCGGGUCUUCGGUGUGACGAGAGAAAGCUUUAACCACUAGGCUAUCCGACCGCCCCUCAUAAAGGUGAGAGUAUUAAAUUCAUGUUCCCCAACAUUCCCCCUGAAUCAUGAUCCCAUGCUCAAUAUGUGUUUCAAGGCAGCUAUGUCUAUAGUACAUCACUAGAUUUAUAGAAGUAGAGUUUGGGGGACUGCUUUGAAAUAUAUCCAACGUGAAUUAGGAGAUAAACCUACUGUUUUGAAAUUAGAAGUAGUCUAACUGUACACAAGAUACCUCUUUUUUAUACAUUUGAAACCUCGUGCUGUCAGGGUGUAUUUUCCUUAACAUCACUUCAAGAGUUGUAGCUCAAUAAUCCAAUAUUUGUUUGUUUGUUGUUUUACGCCGCACUCAGCAAUAUUCCAGCUAUAUGACGGCGGUCUGUAAAUAAUCAAGUCUGGACCAGACAAUCCAGUGAUUAAUAUCAUGAGCAUCGAUCCACG